CAGCAUUCAAACUGUAGACCAGACUCUUCUCCGUCCUCAGCCGGUUUUUAGGGAUUCAAAGGGAAAUAUGUUGAACGACAGACACAAGAGCGCGCCAGCAGAGAUCUUCGCACUUGAUGCCCCUCUCAGCAGAGAUGGUUGAGCCCUCGUCCAGGUUGCUGUGGUCCUAUCCUAAAAUUCAGUCUUGCUCACUUCUCUCCUAUCAGCUGACGAAGCGCGGCGGGCGGCUCUGCCUGUUUCUCCUCUGAGAAGGGAAUCUACUUAAACCCCCACAGAAAGAGAAAACUGGCCAUAGGUUACAUGUUUUAGUUGUGAACAUGAAGGGGAUUUACAGAGACGGAUACUACGACGGAUCUAUUGAACUACGGGACGUUUUCAACAGGAGAUGCGUUAAAUGUGGCAGACGGGACUUUGUUCAAGCCAAAACGAUGAGGAUUAGAACGGGGAUUGUUUUUUGGAACCUCGUCUUCUCACUGAUGUUCACUUGUGUGAAAGGUUUUAUCCAUUCUUGUGGAGGCACUUUAAAAGGCAGGAAUGGGACAAUAGAAAGUCCUGGCUUUCCAUAUGGAUAUCCAAAUGGAGCGAACUGUACCUGGGUGAUUGUUGCUGAGGAGGGGAACAGGAUUCAUAUAGUUUUUCAAUCUUUCGCUGUGGAGGAGGAAUAUGACUUUUUAUCUUUGUAUGACGGGCAUCCACACCCGGCUAACUUCAGAACAAGGUUAACAGGAUUUACCAUCCCUCCACCUGUUACCAGUUCUGGCUCUAUUUUUUCCUUGAGGCUUACCAGUGACUUUGCAGUAAGCGCUCAUGGAUUUAAGGUAUCUUAUGAAGAGCUGAGAAGCAGCUCGUGUGGAAACCCAGGAGUUCCGCCCAAAGGCAUACUGAAUGGAACUCAGUUCAACGUAGGUGACAAGAUCCGCUACCGAUGUGUCACAGGUUAUGUCCUUGAUGGGCAUUCGCUCCUCACCUGUGUCACCAAUGCAGCUGGCGUGUCAGUGUGGGACUUCCCGGUGCCAAUCUGCAGAGCGGAGGACACAUGCGGUGGCACCCUGAGGGGCUCCAGCGGGCUCAUCUCCAGCUUCGAUUUCCCCAGUGGUGAGUCCCCCAGCGCUGGCGGAAGCGGAGGUGCUGGGGGCCUGGGCAGCAGCGGGGAGUGCAAGUGGACCAUCCUGGCAGAUCCGGGAGACACUAUUUCUCUAGUGUUUACUGAAUUUCAAAUGGAGGAGAAGUCAGAUUAUCUGGAAAUCGAGGGAUCUGAACUGCCGACCAUCUGGCUAACUGGAAUGAAUAUUCCAGCACCCAUCAUUAGCAACAAAAACUGGUUACGACUGCAUUUUGUGACGGAGAGCAACCACCGCCACAAAGGCUUCAGGGCUCAGUAUCAAGUGAAAAGCUCUGGAGAGCUUAAAUCCAGAGGGGUAAAAUUAUUACCAGGAAAGGACAACACUAACAAACUGUCUUUGAUGAAUGAAGGAGGAAUCAAACAGGUGUCUAAUUACUGCCCUGACCCAGGGGAGCCGGAAAACGGCAAACGGAUAGGCUCCGAUUUCAGCAUCGGAGCAACUGCUCAAUUUACCUGCGAUGAAGACCAUGUGCUGCAGGGUUCCAAAACGAUUACCUGCCAGCGCGUUGCCGAAGUCUUCGCUGCUUGGAGCGACCACAGACCCGUCUGCAAGGUGAAAACCUGCGGGUCGAAUCUACAGGGACCGUCGGGGACGUUUACAUCCCCUAACUUUCCUAUCCAAUAUGAGAGUAACUCACAGUGUGUGUGGAUCAUCACUGCCAGUGAUCCGAACAAGGUUAUUCAGAUCAACUUUGAAGAAUUCGACCUAGAAAUUGGGUAUGACUCCCUAACUAUUGGAGAUGGAGGGGAAGUAGGGGACUCUAAAACGAUCAUUCAAGUGCUCACUGGGAGCUUUGUCCCAGACCUAAUUGUCAGCAUGUCCCAUCAGAUGUGGCUUCACCUCCAGUCUGAUGAGAGUGUUGGCUCAAUUGGAUUCAAGAUCAACUACAAAGAAAUUGACAAAGAGAGUUGUGGCGACCCCGGUACACCUCUGUAUGGCUAUCAAGAGGGAACUGGUUUUUUAAAUGGAGAUGUUUUACGCUUUGAAUGCCAAUUUGGAUUUGAGCUCAUUGGGGAAAGGAUGAUAACCUGCCAGAACAACAAUCAGUGGUCAGCUAAUAUCCCCAUCUGCAUAUUUCCCUGUUUCUCUAACUUCACUGCGCCCAUGGGGACGGUGUUGUCUCCAGACUAUCCAGAAGGCUACGGGAACAACCUUAACUGUGUUUGGCUGAUUAUCUCUGAGCCUGGCUCCAGGAUCCAUUUGGCCUUCAAUGACUUUGAUUUGGAGCCUCCUUACGACUUUCUUACUAUCAAAGAUGGGGAUCAGUCAGGAGCCACAAUACUGGGACGCUUCUCGGGGGCUGAAGUUCCUUCCCAUCUGACAUCCAAUAGCAACGUUUUGCAGCUCGAGUUUCAGGCCGAUCACUCGAUGUCUGGACGAGGGUUCAACAUUACCUAUAGCACCUUUGGGCAUAAUGAGUGCCCUGACCCUGGCAUACCGUUGAACGCUAGGCGCUUUGGGGACAGUUUCCAGCUGGGGAGCUCCAUCUCUGUUGUAUGCGAGGAUGGCUUUAUCAAGACACAGGGAGCUGACACCAUCACAUGCCAUCUGGAAGAAGGCAAGGUGAUGUGGAGUGGACUCAUUCCCAAAUGUGAAGCUCCUUGUGGAGGACACUACUCAGGGCCAUCUGGUGUCAUCCUCUCCCCCGGGUGGCCAGGCUACUACAAAGAUUCCUUGAGUUGUGAGUGGGUCAUUGAGGCCGAGCCGGGACGCUCCAUCAAGAUUAGCUUUGACAGGUUUCAGACUGAGCUCAGUUAUGACUUCCUGGAGGUUCACGAUGGUCCCAAUCUGCUCUCUCCUCUGAUUGGCUCUUUUAAUGGAACCCAGGUCCCUCAGUUCCUGUUCAGCAGUAGUAACUUCCUGUAUCUGCUCUUUACCACCGAUAACAGUCGAUCAAACAGUGGCUUCAAGAUCUUCUAUGAAGUGGUCACAUUGGACACAUACUCCUGUAUGGAUCCUGGUAUCCCAGUAAAUGGCUUGCGGUUAAGCCACGACCUUUCCAUCGGCUCAACUGUGACCUUCCAGUGUGACCCAGGAUAUAGACUGAGCCACGAGGAGCCUCUAGUUUGCGAGAAGAACCACUUUUGGAGCCACCCACUGCCCACUUGUGAUGCAUCAUGUGGCGGUGAUAUCAGGGGACCUGGAGGGAUCAUCUUAUCACCUGGCUACCCUGAGCUGUAUCCUAACUCUCUAAAUUGCACAUGGACUGUAGAAGUCAGCCAUGGAAAAGGUGUCCAAUUCACUUUUCACUCCUUCCACCUGGAGGAUCACCAUGACUACCUUCUGAUAACAGAAAACGGCAGCUUCGCUCAGCCACUCGCUCGCCUGACUGGCUCUGAGAGGCCUGCACCAAUUAAUGCUGGUCUGUAUGGGAACUUCAAGGCCCAGCUACGCUUUAUUUCUGACUUCUCCAUAUCGCUGCAGGGAUUCAACAUUUCCUUCUCAGAGUAUGAUCUUGAACCUUGCGAGGACCCUGGAACGCCUCGGUACGGCUGGCACACGGGCUCCAAGUUUGGCAUUGGCGACUCUUUGUCGUUCUACUGCAAUACGGGCUAUCGUCUGCAGGGGGCAAGGGAGAUUGUGUGCCUGGGAGGUGGGCGCCGCAUGUGGAGUGCCCCUCUGCCAAGGUGUGUGGCUGAGUGCGGUUCAACAGUCUCCAACAACGAGGGAGUUCUUUUGUCCCCCAACUAUCCAAUGAACUACGACAACAGCCACGAGUGCGUGUACAGCAUUCAGGUCCAAACAGGAAAAGGCAUCAACAUCACUGCCAGCACCUUUGAGCUUGCUCAAGGUGAUGUUCUCAAGCUGUAUGACGGUAAAGAUGGGGCAGCGGCACUGCUUGGCACAUACACGAGCACGCUGAUGCAAGGUCUGUCCCUUACCAGCACUUCCAACUAUCUGUGGCUUGAGUUCUACUCUGACCACGAGAAGACGGCUGCAGGUUUCCGGCUCAUAUACCACAGUUUUGAGCUGUCCCACUGUGACGAUCCAGGUGUGCCACAGUUUGGCUUCAAAAUCAGUGACCAGGGUCACUUUGCUGGAGGUGCCAUCACGUUUGGCUGUGACCAAGGUUACACUCUGCACGGCUUUGGCAUGCUAAAGUGCAUGACUGGUGAAAGAAGAGCGUGGGACAACCCUCUUCCUUCAUGUAUAGCGGAGUGUGGUGGCAGUUUUAAGGGUGAGUCUACUGGGCGUAUCCUUUCUCCUGGCUAUCCCUUCCCCUAUGACAACAACCUGAGAUGUACCUGGACAAUUGAGGUCAAUUCUGGCAACAUCGUCAGCCUCCAGUUUCUUGCAUUCGACACAGAGGCAUCCCAUGACAUCCUGAAGGUUUGGGAUGGGCCUCCUGAGAAUGAAAUGUCUCUGAAGGAAGUUAGUGGCUCACUGCUGCCUGAAGGAAUCCACUCGACUCUCAACAUCGUCACCAUUCAGUUUGAGACUGAUUUUUACAUCACCAAGUCUGGCUUUGCCAUUGACUUCUCAAGUUCGCUUGCAACAGCCUGCAGAGAUCCAGGUAUUCCCAUGAAUGGCAGUCGCAACGGAGAAGGGCGGGAGCCGGGUGACUCUGUGACCUUCUCCUGUGAUCCGGGAUAUGAAUUGCAGGGAGAGAGCAGAAUCACCUGCAUCCAAGUGGAAAAUAGAUACUACUGGCAACCCAGCCCUCCAAGCUGCAUUGCUCCUUGUGGUGGGAAUGUGACAGGGUCUUCAGGAUUCAUCCUUUCUCCCAACUACCCCCAUCCCUACCCACACAGCAAAGACUGUGACUGGCUUAUCGCAGUUCACUCUGACUAUGUCAUCUCCCUGGCUUUCAUCAGCUUCAGUAUUGAGCCAAACUAUGAUUUCUUGUACAUCUACGAUGGGCCAGACAGCAGCGCCCAUCUGAUUGGCAGCUUCCAAGACAGUAAACUUCCUGAGAAGAUUGAGAGCACUUCCAACUUCAUGUACUUGGCAUUUCGUAGCGACGGCUCUGUGAGCUACACUGGCUUUCAUUUGGAAUACAAAGCUAAACUGCGGGAGGCGUGUUUUGAUCCCGGGAAUGUGAUGAAUGGCACUAGAAUGGGUACCGACUACAAGCUGGGAUCUAUGGUGACAUUUCAUUGCGAGGCUGGCUACCUGCUGCAGGGCUACUCGACACUGACGUGUGUCAUGGGCAACAGCAAGAGACCCGAGUGGGACAGAGCUAAACCAAGUUGUCAAGCUCCCUGCGGAGGUCACUUCACAGGUUCAGAGGGAACUGUGCUGUCCCCAAACUACCCGCAUAAUUACACCAUAGGGCAGACCUGUGUCUAUGACAUCUUUGUCCCUGGGGACUUUGUUCUCUUUGGUCAGUUUGUGGUAUUCCAGACUUUGACCAGCGAUGUGGUCGAGAUCUAUGAUGGUUCUUCAACAGAUUCAGCCCUUCUCUCUUCCAUAUAUGGAUCACACUCAGGUGAGACCCUACCUUUGAGUUCAGGAAACAAGAUCAUGCUAAAGUUUACCACAAAUGGAACAGAAACAGCCAAAGGAUUUCAUUUUGUUUACCAAGCUGUCCCUCGGACAAGCGCCACUCAGUGUAGCUCAGUCCCUGAGCCCCGCUUUGGGAAGCGGAUAGGGAAUGACUUUGGCAUCGGUAUGGCAGUACUGUUUGAAUGCAGUCCAGGCUACACGCUGCACGGCUCCAAUGCCAUCAGGUGCGAGGCUGUGCCCAAUGCCCUGGCCCAGUGGAACGGCACUGUGCCCACAUGUGUUGUUCCUUGUGGUGGAGUCUUAACUGAACGCAAGGGUACUAUCCUCUCUCCCGGAUAUCCAGAUCCAUAUGCCAACUAUUUGAACUGUGCCUGGAAAAUCUCUGUUCCUGAGGGAGCCGGCAUCCAGAUUCAGGUCGUGACCUUUGCCACAGAACACAACUGGGAUUCGCUGGAUUUUUUUGAUGGCGUUGAUGGUAACGCCCCAAGGCUUGGUAGCUACUCAGGUACAACAAUUCCCCAACUGCUGAACAGCACAUCCAACAACCUGUACCUGACCUUCCAGUCUGACAUCAGUGUAUCUGCCGCCGGCUUCCACUUGGAGUACACAGCAAUAGGUUUGGAUUCGUGUCCAGAGCCGCUGCCUCCCAGUAAUGGCCGAAAAGUUGGAGAUCGUUACACUGUGGGUGACAUGGUUUCUUUCCAAUGUGAUCAAGGCUUUUCACUACAGGGUAAUGCAUAUAUUACCUGCAUGCCUGGUCCUGUCAGAAGAUGGAAUUACCCCGUACCUCUGUGCUUAGCUCAGUGCGGCGGCUCCAUGACAGACUUCAGCGGCGUCAUCCUCAGCCCAGGCUUUCCAGGGAAUUACCAAAGCAGCCUGGACUGCAGCUGGAGAGUUCAACUCCCUAUUGGCUUCGGGAUCCAUCUCCAGUUUCUGAACUUCUCCACAGAGCCUGUUCAUGACUAUUUGGAGAUCCGCAGUGGGAGCCUUGAGACAGGAACAGUGAUUGAUCGGUUCAGUGGCCCCACGCUGCCCAAUCCUCUCUUCAGCACCACCCAUGAGACUACUCUGUUCUUCCAUAGCGACUACUCCCAGAACAAGCCCGGCUUCCACAUUGUCUACCAGGCAUAUGAGCUACAGAGGUGCCCAGACCCACGGCCGUUUCGUAACGGCAUAGUGAUCGGACAGGACUACAGCGUGGGGAUGACCAUUUCCUUUGAGUGCCUGCCAGGUUACACUCUUCUUGGAGAACAGUCGCUCACAUGUCUGCAUGGAAUCAGCAGAAACUGGAACCACCCCAUCCCCCGCUGCGAAGCUCUGUGUGGUGGGAAUAUAACAUCCAUGAAUGGCACAAUUUACUCUCCUGGACACCCAGCCGAGUAUCCACACUUCCAGGACUGCAUGUGGACCGUCAGAGUACCCCCUGGGUACGGCAUCUACAUAAAUUUCUCCGUUAUCAAUACCGAGCCAAUCUACGACUACAUCACUGUGUGGGACGGACCUGACCAGAGCUCGCCCCAAAUCGGUCAGUUUAGUGGCAGCUCUGUACAGGAGGGCGUGUCCACCACUGCCAAUCAGGUCCUCAUCAAGUUCCACAGCGACUUCAGCACCAGCGGCUUCUUUGAGCUACAUUAUUUUGCGUACCAGCUGAGAACAUGUCAGCCACCCCCUCCUGUUGCCAACGCCACGAUCUUAACAGAAGAUGAUGAGUUUGAAAUAGGGGACAUUAUUCGGUACACGUGCCAGCCAGGCUUCACCUUGGUGGGCAGUGAGAUUCUGACCUGCCGACUUGGAGAAAGGCUACAGAUGGAUGGACCUCCACCAGUCUGUCAAGUCCAAUGCCCGGCCCACGAGGUCCGUUUUGACUCAACAGGAGUAAUCUUAAGCCCGGGCUAUCCUGAUAACUACCCCAAUCUUCAGAUGUGCUCCUGGCUGAUCAACGUGGAGAAGGGCUACAACAUCACUUUGCACUUUGAACUCUUCCAGACAGAAAAAGAGUUUGACAUCUUGGAAAUAUUUGAUGGUCCCAACAUCUACAGUCAGAGCCUCUCAUCACUCAGUGGUGAUAUUGAAACACCCUUCAGCCUGACCACCACAGGCCACCAGCUCCUCCUGCGCUGGUCCUCCGACCAUGGCACCAACCGCCGCGGCUUCCACAUCAGAUAUGUGGCCAUGUACUGCAGUACUCCAGACUCUCCACAACAUGGCUUUGUAGUGAGCCAGACUGGGGGUCAUCUAAACAGCGUGGUGCGCUGGGCCUGCGACAGGGGGUACAAGCUCAUUGGAAAGGGCACAGCUGUGUGCAAGAAGACCACCUAUGGCUACUACGCCUGGGACGCGCCAGUUCCUGCAUGUCAAGCUGUGUCAUGCGGUGUGCCCAAUGCGCCAGCGAACGGAGGUGUGCUCACUGCUGAUUACUCCGUCGGCACACGGGCGACCUACUUCUGUAACGGCGGUUACCGGCUCUCCAAAGAGCUGACGACCACAGUCUGCCAGCCAGACGGCACCUGGAGCAAUCACAACAAGAUACCCCGAUGCUUUGUGAUGCCGUGCCCCAGUCUUAGCCCGUUUUCCCUCGAUCACGGGAAAUGGAGGAUAGUCAAUGGCUCGCACUAUGAGUAUGGGACGAAAAUAAUCUUCACCUGCAACCCUGGAUACUAUCGUGUGGGCCCCGCCCACAUCCAGUGCCUCGCAAACGGAGUGUGGAGCUGGAGGAACGAGAGGCCUCGGUGUAGAAUCAUUUCCUGUGGCGAUCUUCCCACUCCUCCUAAUGGGAAGAAAAUUGGGACCCAAACUACCUUCGGAGCAUCAGCCAUUUUCAGCUGUAACCCUGGCUAUGUUUUAACUGGAUCUACAGUUAGAGAGUGUCUCCUGUCUGGCCUUUGGAGUGGAAUGGAGACUCAGUGCCUGGCCGGUCAUUGUGGCGUUCCAGAGCAGAUUGUGAAUGGACAGGUGAUUGGAGAAAACUAUGGUUACAGAGACACGGUGGUUUACCAGUGCAACCCUGGAUUUAGGCUCAUUGGCUCCUCAGUACGAAUCUGUCAGCAAGACCACAGCUGGUCUGGACAUCUGCCAGUGUGUAUCUCUGUCACAUGCGGCCACCCUGGUAGCCCUAUCUAUGGCCGCACCACAGGCGAUGGCUUCAACUACAAUGAUGUGGUGCACUUCUCCUGCAACAAAGGUUACACCUUGGAAGGACCCUCCACAGCUCAGUGCCAGGCCAACCGUCAGUGGAGCCACCAGCCGCCAACUUGCAGGGAAGUGGACUGUGGUCAUCCAGGUAUACCUCCGCACGCAGUCAUGAGUGGGGAGAAGUUUACAUUUGGAUCCACAGUGCGCUACUCAUGCCUCGGAGACCACCAGCUAAUAGGAGACUCAUCACUCGCCUGUCAACUGAAUGGACACUGGAGUGGUCCGCUGCCCCACUGCUCAGGUGACUCAACGGGCACCUGUGGGGAUCCAGGCACACCUGCCCAUGCCAGCAGGGAGGCAGGGAACUUCAAAGUGCGCAGCAAAGUGCGCUUUACCUGCGCAGUGGGACAUACACUGUAUGGCUCAGCAGAGAGGAUCUGCUUCCCCAAUGGGACCUGGUCUGGCAAACAGCCAUUCUGCAAACCGGUACAGUGCGGGAAUCCAGGUACCCCGGCUCACGGUCGUAUUUCCCGUUUGGAUGGCACAACCUUCUCCCACUCUAUCGUGUAUUCGUGUAUGGAAGGAUAUUUCCUCACUGGUUCGCCUACACGCCAGUGUCUGGCAAAUGGCACAUGGUCUGGCACAGCUCCAAACUGCACAAUGAUCACCUGUGGCGAUCCCGGUAUCCCAGCAAAUGGACUCAGGUUUGGCGACGACACCACAGUGGGCCUAAAUGUGACGUUCAUGUGCCAACUGGGGUAUGUGAUGGUGGGAGGGGACAACACUUUCGCCAGGACCUGCACCAGCAAUGGGACGUGGAGUGGAACCAUGCCAGCAUGUCAAGUGGUCACCUGUCCUACACCCCCAUCCAUCCCCAACGGCCUCCUUGAGGGCUCAGUCCUGGAGUGGGGAACCAGCGUGAGUUACACCUGUUUACCUGGCUACGAGCUGUCUUUUCCUGCUGUGCUAACCUGCACAGGGAACGGGACAUGGAGCGGAGACUUGCCUCAGUGCUUGCCCAAGUUCUGCGGUGAUCCUGGGACGCCUCCCAAAGGAAGGCGAGAAGGACGCAGUUUCAUCUUCAAGUCAGAGGUCACGUUUAGCUGCAGUGCCCCCUACGUGCUGGUCGGGUCAACAACUCGCAUGUGCCAGGAAGACGGGACCUGGAGCGGAUCUCAGCCCCGAUGUAUAGAGCCCACGAGAACCACGUGUGAAAACCCGGGGACACCUGAGCAUGGCUUCAUGAAUUACUCAACAGGCUUUAAGGUGGGCAGCAGAGUCGACUUCCAGUGCCAGCAGGGACACAUACUGCAGGGCUCCACCACAAGGCUCUGUUUGCCGGAUCUCACCUGGACUGGCACCCAGCCAGCCUGCAUCUCUCACUCCUGCAAGCAGCCGCGGAGCCCAGCCAACGCUGACGUCAUGGGUCUGGACCUGCCUUCGUACGGCUACACCCUGGUGUACACCUGUCAGCCAGGUUAUUUCCUCUCCGGAGGUUCAGAGCACCGUGUCUGCCGCUCCGACGGCAGCUGGACUGGCAAGGUGCCCGUGUGCAGAGCCGGUUCCAAAUCGCAUGAGAAAACUGUCAAACAUAUACUGGGAACACCAAGCCCUAAAAUAAACGUUCCCGAUGACGUCUUUGCGCCUGAUUUCAUCUGGAAGGGUUCAUAUGAUUACAAGGGCCAAAAGCAGCCAAUGACUUUAACAGUCGCCAGCUUUAAUGCCACAACGGGAAAAGUCAAUGUAACUUUAAGAGACAGUAGCAUGGAGUUUCUGCUCUCUGGAGUCUACAAACGCCAGGAGGCACGGCUAAUGCUCCUGCUGUACCAGAUGAGAGCAGUGGCCCACAGCUCCUUGAGCAGGAUUACUGAUGAGACCUGGGCAAUGGACGGAUUUGUUUCAGCUGAGCCUGAGGGCGGUAGCUAUGUGUUCCAAGGCUUCAUACAGAGUAAAGACUACGGACAGUUUGGGCUACAGCGACUUGGAAAUUGCCGUCAUAUAUUCGUCAUGGAUACCAUUCAUACACUUAAAGUGCCUUACUCCUCGUACCUGCUUUCAGCCACCUCUUACCUCAACCAUACAGCGAGCAGCAGAUUAUCCACUCCACCAUCAUUGCCCUUCACUUGUGUGUGCUCUACAUUAACGCUGCCAUCAUCAUAUGAUGGUCUCCAGGAGAUUAUAGCAGUCACAGUGAUCAUCAUCAGUAUGAUCAUUAUGGAUAUCAUCUGGCUGCUGUGUCUCCAACUCCAGCUUUAUGAUUUUCAUCAUCGUCGUCAUUACCACCAACAGAUAUGUUUGAGCGUGAGAGAGAACAUUACGCUCACCGACCCUGAAACCAACGGCUCCACCAACAGCAGUUCUGUCGCUGUCGCCAUCCUCGUGCCUUUCUUUGCUCUCAUCUUUGCAGGCCUCGGUUUCUAUCUCUACAAGCAGCGGAAAACAGAUAAAGCGCAGUACACAGGAUGCUCUGUCCACGAGAACAACAAUGGACAGGCCACUUUUGAGAAUCCCAUGUAUAACACGAACACGAAAGCUGCUGAGGGGAAAGUUGUCCGCUUUGACCCCAAUCUCAACACCAUCUGCACCAUGGUUUGAUGUCUAUUGAGUAUCAGAAAAAGGACCGGAGAAAACAACCUCUCCGGGUUUGCUUCACGUGACUAUAUAUAGACAUAUUUAUAUAUUUCCCAGUUUCUAAAGUCACCGAAUUGCUCAGAAACAUAAAGCACACUUUCAGCAACACUUUCAGGUGGUUGCGAUCGAUCGUAUACACAAAGUAAAAGAUGAAAGAGUGAGGACGGGUAGGUACCGCACCUAUUCAGAUUUUCCCCUAGUCUGGUGAGGAGAAGUGUUUUUUUUGCACUCUGUGAGUGUUGGCUUUAUAAAUAAAAGAGCCUGCGGCAUAUAGAUAAAAUAGAGUAUUUUAUACUCUGUAGUAUAAAUAUAGAGGGGUUAUUUCGCAAUGCCAAAUGAAAAAUUUAAUGUUUUCUGUUACAACAAAAAAGAAAAAGAAAAAACUAAACAAAAAAACAAAACAGCCCCGAUCUACGCUGUUUUGUUUGCUUUCGUCUUAGUCUUACAUCAUCCUGAUGAGAAUUAUUUUUCUGUCAUGGAGGUGAGGAGCCUCUCAACUGUGAGCUGAUCAAUCUAAUCUGUUUUCUGUUUUCCAAGCAGCGGGGUGUGUAAGCGCAGAUGAAGUGGUAGAAGAGAAACGGCCUCCCUUUGAAUAGCGUCGAUGCUGAAGUCUGUUCAAAGUUAUAUGGUCAAUUAUACCUCUUAAUUGGGUGGUACCUCCUACUGAGGAAAUGUAUGGCCAGGGAUUUAAUUACUGAGGUGCAGCACACUUUUCCGAGUGCCACUGGCGAGGCUUAGGCUUCUGACAACAACAGAGUGCAUUUUCUUCACCAGAGAUAUAUUUAGCAUUAGUAUUUAUUGAUGUUUGCAAUGAAUUUGAUUUUGAAAUGUUCGCACAGUUUGACAAGGCCAACUGUUCUGUACUUGUCAGUGAAUUGGUGAUGUGGGGACUUAUUAAACUGGUAGCUAGGUUUUCCACUGAUGGUUUUUGCCUCUCAGAAUAACUUUGUGCCCCAAAUGAGCCAAAUCUGGAGUGAAGUAACCCCCGGCCUUGAGCCUGUAUAUAUCAAGAAUUUCAAAGUAGGAGUUGCUUGCCUAAUUAGUUCAGGUUUUCUUAAAAAAACAAGGUCAAGAAUAACUACACUGCACAGAACAUACAACUGGCCAGGUUUCCCAGAAGUUCAUUUAAGCCUGGAAGUCAGUAAAUUGCGCAAUGAUAUGUGAGUGGGCAGACUGAGCCUUUUAUUAUGUUAAUCAAUAUUUUGACAGCCUUAUGUUAGAGUAACUCUUAAAAACAAAAUAAGCGCAACUACCCCAUCAUCUCUAAUUUUCAGAGCGGUGUGUGUUCUACAAUUCUUUUGGGAAACCGUGCCUUAGUCAGUAUAUUCUUUAUUCAUACUCCUACUCUAAGACACUUGAUGAAUACACGGCCUUGGCCUGUUUUAUUAACACUGAAACAAUUUUCUUUUGAAACCAUCAGCUUCUGCCAACAAAUGUACAGUAUACACAAGAAUUUGCACACUUAAACAUGAAUCACCAUUCAUUUUAAACUCCCAUCCAAGACCAGUUAUGUUUUAAAUAUUUCAAAAAAAAAAAGUAUAGAAUUUGACACUGUCAUCACAUUUCUACAUCAUUGCAGUGCCUUGAAUACUGUAUGGGCAUGUGUUUUUUAAGAAAGACAUUACAUAUAUUGUAUUAGUAAAACUGCACACUGGUGUAAUUUAUCUGCACAGUUUGCAAUGAUUUAGCAGAGUGAUGUCAGAGGGUUUAUCUGUGACGAGGCAUCAAAAAGCAGCUCAUAGUUUCAUAACUGUGCAUGUUGGCAAAAAGUGAUCCAGUAUAGCAAUUGCUGCUAUAGUACUUUGUACCACUACGUUGACUCCUGUCAUUGCUAUUCCAUUUUGUACAUUUAUACAGUUUUGAUACUUGAUGGCAUUCUUUGGCAAGAUGUCUUGUGUUAUCGAUAUGUACUAUAUUUUGCAAGUUUCACAUUUCUUAUGGAUGAAAAAAAAAAGAAAUGCAUCUGGUCAAAACAGUAUACAGUCAGUCUUACACCCAGAGACUCCGGAGUAGAGUAGAAUGCUUUUAAAUGUACCACCCAGUUGUUAUCCCGUUCAAAAACCUGUGAAUAAGAACAUGUACAUAUAACAAAACUUUUGUAAAGAGAUAUAUUUUUUAUGCAAUUAAAGCAUUUGUAAGUUAUUGAAUAUGUUGUGUAAAAUUUCACAUGUAAAUGUCAUGUAAGAUCAAAAAAAUUUGUAUUUUUUCUUUAUCAGCAAUGUAUAAAUCGUUAAUUUAUAUAUAA